CGCGGAGCUGAGCCGGGAUGCCCGAAGGGCCGGCUGUGAGGAAGUAUCACUGUUUGGUAUCCCCCUUUGUGGGCCAGCAGGUAGUCAAGACGGGGGGCAGCAGUAAGAAGUUCUGCCCUGCUGGCCUCCAGGCACUGUGGUUCCAGGACACCCAGGUCCAUGGAAAGAAAUUAUACCUUAGAUUUGAUCCAGAUGAAGAAGUGGAGCCCCCUGGUGACAACAACCCACUGCCAGAGAAUCCACGAAAAGGAGCACAGAGGAAAGAGGCCUGGGGGCCUGGCAGACAGGGGACCUGUGAUGGGGCCUUACAUUCUACAGAGCUUGUUGCUCCCCAGGGAGGUGAUGGCGCCGGCUGUUUGAGAGGAGACCCGCAUGCAGAAGGACCUGAGAGGUGGCUGCAGAUCCGUUUUGGUUUGUUUGGCAGUGUUCGGGUGAACGAGUUCUCUAGAGCAAAGAAAGCCAACAAGAAAGGUGAUUGGAAGGAUCCUAUUCCAAGGUUGGUCCUGCAUUUUGGUGGUGGUGGCUUCCUGGUAUUUUACAACUGUCAGAUGUCUUGGAGCUCUUCCCCCAUGGUUGAACACACCUGUGACAUCUUGUCUGAUAAGUUCCAUCGAGAACAAGCUUUGGAAGCCUUGGGCCAGGCCCGGCCUGUCUGCUAUACACUGUUGGACCAGAGAUACUUCUCAGGGUUAGGGAACAUCAUUAAGAAUGAAGCCUUAUACAGAGCUGGGAUCCACCCGCUGGCUCUUGGUUCGCUCCUGAGUCCUUCGUAUCUCAAGGCUCUGGUGGACCACGUGGUAGAGUUCAGUACAGGCUGGCUUCAGGGCAAGUUCCAAGGCAAACCCCAGCACACACAGAUCUACCAGAAAGAACAGUGCCCUGCUGGGCACCAGGUCCUGAGGGAGGCGCUCGGGCCCCCUGGCGGGUUCCAGAGACUCACCUGGUGGUGCCCGCAUUGCCAGCCCCAGUUGUCCCCUGAGAAGCUGGAGCAAUCCCAGCUCUCCUAAGGCGUUCAGGACCGUCUUCAGGGAAUCCUGCCUUCUGGGGACUUGAUGCCUGAGUGUGCAGAGAGGAGGGUGUGGGCGGGGAGCAGCGGGCAGGGUGGGCUGGGGCAUCAGUAUUAUCCAUAUUCAUCUCUCUGGAGUGGAGUCUGAGCAGAGUUCUCAGAAGAUUAGAUGUUUUCCUUUUCCAGUUGUUAAUUUUUCCUGCCCAAUUCUGCCGUUGUGCAGGAUGAGAAGAACCAUGACCCCAGGUAAGGGAAAAAGCUCCUGUGACAGGACAGUGACAACGAGAGCCUGUGGGAGAAUGCCUUGCUUCCAACAGUGCUUUGCAGAUGUUGUGUUUUGUUUCUGAAACUCCGAGGAAUAGGAAAGUAGGGUUUUCUUUCCUUGUUCCCCCUCAGAUCCACUGAUGAAAGUUCAGCUCCUGCCUGGCUGCUCCCGCUGGGACAGAGGCACCAAGGGGCAGAGAGCUGGCUACCUUCCUGGUGUAACCAGUGGCCUUUAUAGAAAAAUGACUUGUUUAGUCCUUAAGCUGAUAUAUUUGUGACUCUUAAUAUGUUGAACAAUUCAGAAUUCAAGGGUUGUAGGGAAACACCCCUCAUGUUGUUGGCAACUGCUAGUUGACACUAGUACAGAGACUUGAAAAUAAAGGUUUUUGUUAUUUUCUGU